AUGAAAGAAACUGGUAGAAAGUCGAAAGCAAAAUUGAAACUUAUGAUCAAAGAACUGGUUUUCGAAAAAGAAAAAAGAUAUCAAUUCAACAUUUCGGUUCGAAAUAGUAUUAAAAGUCAUCAUGUUAGAAAGAGUGCACAAACCUCAAGACUGUUUGUUAGAAGUACUGUAACUUUGGUCGUUAAAUGCUCUGACGUGGGAAGUGAGGGUUUGUUGAGAAUGUCCGAGUGGGAAACUAGUCACGUUACAGUAACUUGUCACAUGGCUGAAUUUCUGAUCAACGUACGCGUGGGCUUUUUUACCACUCUCAAAGAAAGCGGAAAAUCGAGAAAAAUGGAACGACUUCAACGUCUUUUUGGUGCAGCAGCAGCCGGACAAAGCUUGCAACCUGGUGUUGAUACGCCCACUGUUGAUAAUGCGGAAAUGGUUUACAUAUCUUCGCUGGCUUUGUUAAAGAUGUUGAAGCAUGGUCGAGCUGGUGUUCCCAUGGAAGUAAUGGGCCUGAUGCUUGGUGAAUUUGUUGAUGACUAUACAGUUCGAGUGAUUGAUGUGUUUGCCAUGCCGCAAAGUGGUACCGGGGUAUCCGUCGAGGCUGUUGAUCCUGUCUUUCAAACAAAAAUGUUGGACAUGUUAAAGCAGACUGGGCGACCUGAAAUGGUUGUCGGUUGGUAUCACUCUCAUCCCGGUUUUGGUUGUUGGUUAUCUAGUGUUGACAUUAAUACACAGCAGAGUUUUGAAGCAUUAAAUCAACGAGCAGUAGCCGUAGUCGUAGACCCAAUACAAUCAGUAAAAGGAAAAGUAGUAAUUGACGCAUUUCGUCUAAUUAAUCCACAAAUGUUGAUGCUGGGUCAAGAACCACGGCAAACUACCUCGAAUAUCGGGCAUUUGAAUAAACCGAGUAUUCAAGCAUUAAUUCAUGGACUAAAUCGUCACUACUAUUCAAUAGCAAUCAAUUAUCGAAAGAACGAACUAGAACAAAAGAUGUUACUGAAUUUGCAUAAAAAGAAUUGGACACAUGGUUUGACGUUGCCUAAUUUUUCGGAGCACACAGAGCUGAACGAAAAGAGUGUUAAGGCGAUGCUCACCUUAGCAGAAGCAUACAAUAAAUCAGUCCAAGAAGAAUCUACCAUGACACCUGAACAAUUGAAAACCCGUCAUGUGGGUAAACAAGAUCCAAAGCGUCACUUGGAAGAAAGUUUAGAAGACAUGAUGUCGAAUAAUAUUGUCAUGGCUCUUGUUUUACUGGUGUUUUACAAUGUGCUAUGGUCAAAAAACGAUAUCACGUCUUACCUUCAAACUUCAACAUACUCUUAUAAGCCUAAAACUGUUGCGAUAAUUGGCGCUGGAGCAGGUGGAACAUCCGCUGCCUAUUUUCUAUCAGAAAAAUUCGCCAACACUUCACUAGAAAUCGAGGCCACGAUCUUCGAACGUUCAAACUAUGUGGGUGGUAGAAGUACUGUCGUGAAAUUGGAGCGUGACGAACAAGAAUACAUUAUCGAAUUGGGUGCAUCGAUUUUCGUCGAUGUUAACUAUCAUUUGGUGGAUUCGGCGAAAAAAUUUGGACUAGAAUUUAAUAGUAAUGGUGUUCGAUUUCCGGGGGCGAGGCUUGGUAUAUGGGAUGGAAAAGAAUUUGUUUUUGAGCAAUCUUCGUCCAAGUAUUGGGAUAUUGUUAAAGUUUUUUGGAAAUACGGAUGGGCACCAUAUAAAGUCCAAAACAUGGUCAAAGAAACUAUUUCCAAAUUCCUGGAGAUCUACAAAUUUCAGGAACCAUUCACUAGCAUACAGUCAGCAGCCGAACGUCUAGAACUGACCACUGAACAACAACAUACUGCCUACCACUACUUUAAAGACUUGAAACAAAUAGAUCCACUCUACCUAAGUCAUUUUGUGGAGACAGCAACUCGCGUAAAUUACGCAGCGAAUCUCGACCAGAUUCACACGUUGGGUGCGUUUAUUUCUUUAGCACCAGAAGGCGCUAAAAGUAUCAAGGGUGGAAAUUAUUUGUUGUUCGAGAACUGGGUCAAGCAUUCGGGCGCGGUGCUGAAUCUGGACACGACAGUCACGAAAGUUACAAAAUUGGAUUCCAAACAUGAAAAUAAUGAUGACGAUAUUCCCAAAUAUGAAGUUACUACUCAAAAUGGGAAAAAACAGAUUUUUGAUGCGGUCAUUUUAGCUGCACCUAUUCAAUUCUCAAAAAUCGACUUUGAAAAUAUAAACAUUGAUGAUGUGAAAGAAAUCCCGUAUGUCACAUUACACGUAACAUUAAUGGCCGGACACAUGAAUCCCGCCUACUUCAACCGCGAAAAUGUCAAUGAUGUUCCUGCAAUAGCACUCACUACGAAUAGCGACCUUUGUGAGUUUAAUAGUCUCGGCUGCCAAUUCGAACUAAAAAAUGGUGAAAGGGUAUGCAAGAUAUUUUCACACCAUGAAAUGACUGACGAACUGCUCGACAAAAUCUUCUUGAACCGUUCCUGGACACAUUCUAAAGUGUGGAAAUCUUAUCCGUGGCUUUCCCCAAAUCAAACAUAUCCGCCAAUUGAGUUGGAUCAGAAUUUGUUUUACGUGAACAGCUUCGAACCAUUUAUUUCGACUAUGGAAACGGAAGCUGUUUCUAGUGAAAAUAUCGUCAACAUAUUGAAAAGGCGAUGGGUCGAGCUUGCUGUUAAAUCUAAAUUAUAA